AUGUCAAGAAAGGGUUACGAGACCCUAGCAACCAAUGAAGAUAACACGAAUCAGUCUUUUCAUCCUACAAAGUCUGCAAAUCUUUUGUCUCUUCUGACUUUUUGGUGGAUGAACAAUAUAUUUUCAAAAGGGAAUAAGCGGCCUCUGAACCAAUCAGAUUUUCUACCACUUCAUGAGGACGACAAAGCACGUGACCUAACAGAGAGACUUCAGAAAGAAUGGAAUGACCAACUACUUAAAUGGAACAACUCCCAGGGAAAACAACCCAGACUUUGGAGAUGUGUUUUAAGAACAUUAGUUUCCAAAGUAACGCUAUUUCAUUUGAGCGUUUGGGUCUUCGAAUCCUUCUUUCGGAUAACACAACCGCUUUUAAUCGGAUUUCUCCUUAGCAUGUUAAGUUCCAAUGAGAUAAAUCUUUCCCUAGUAUACGCGUGCUGUUGGCUCUUAGCAUCGAUUGGAUUCUGUUACUUCGGCAAACAAUACUCUGCCUAUAAUCUUGAAUUAUUAGGCAUGAGGACAAGCAGCGCCCUCAAGGGAAUCAUCUAUCUCAAGGUGAGAACUUUAACGCUGUAAUAAUACGGUUGUGACUAGACUGGAUACCUUAAUUAAAAUCAGGGUGGACACCUUAUGUUUGUUACACAACGCUAUAUACUCCUCCUAGAGAACAAUUUAUGCGAAUUUAUUGGGCAGAUUUUUGAGAAAAGUGAGGACAAUCGGAGUAAGGUAAAGUUGUGCAAGGAAAAGAGUUGAAUAUUGGGUUUAUGAACGAAGAAGAUUGAUCAGGAUUAAGCACUCUUUUAAAAACGGUUUCAAUAAUGUAUCAAAGCUUUGUUAAGUAAGUAAGUCAAAAUUAGUUAACUGUGUCGGCAGUUAGCCCUUGAUGGUGUAGUGGAUACGGAAGUAAAAUUUGCCUCAAAUGAUGCGGGUUCAUGACGUUUAUUCUCUUAUUUAUGACUUUAAGUUAUAAGGCUGCGUGCAAACGGGCGCAACAACCCCCAACAUUGUUGCGCCAACAAUGUUAGGAAUUGUUGCGUGUAUGUUGGCAGUAGUGUGCAAACGGAUGCAUCAGCUCCCAACAAUGUUGGGACCUGCAGUGCAUCAUGAGAAGGAUACAACCCAUAAGUCUUUGUAAACCAUGCGUAAUAAGCGUACGUGGCCCCAACAACACGCAACAACAUGCAACAGUGUGUGCAAACGGACGCAACUUGUAACAUCCAACAAUGUUGGAAGUUGUUGACCAACAAUGUUGCGUCCGUUUGCACGGGGCUUAAGACUCCUAUCAUGUAUUUUGCGUAAAGAUGACAAUCUGAUUCUAGGGUAUCCAUUCUGGUCACAACCGCUGUGAUACGUAGUAAAUUUUAUGAAGAAAGUCUUGUCAUGUGAGUCCAGACAUAUAACAAUUUUAAUACAACGGUUAUAUAUGAGUUCGAUUAUCAGGCUGGAGCUCGGAAUUAUUAGUGGGCUUUCUGGUGUUAGAUUUCUCCUUCUUCUAAAUGAUAUCUAUCCUUUAUACCAAUGCUUGCUGUUUUUGCUCAGUGCAGGCCGCAGGCUUAUUCAGUGCCUUUACUCCAGGCCGAAACACCCUUGAGAGGUUGUUCACUGUGCUCGCCCGCACUUCCAAAUUGUUAAAUUUCAGAAUCCAUUGCGUAACAUCAGCUAACAGCUAACACCACUUAAGGAGGGCUAAACCUUCCGUUUUAUACAUGAUCUAAAAGGAUAGUGGAGUAGCACUUCUAUUUCUUCGUCUGUCCAAGUAAAACUUUUCUGCGGCAGCCAUUUAGUUUUACCGCAGGUUUGACUAAGUACAACAUGAUUGGUUUUAUCUCGUGUUGAAAAAUAUUUAGGUCGUUGCCCUCACUCGUUAAAUAUUUUUCAUACCACUCGAAGGGAAAUUUCGUAUCUCCGCGCGGCGUUGUUAAUAUCCCCAUUAUUUUUUAAUCUACUGCUAUCAGGAGCCCAUCACUAGUGAUGGGCUGGCUCCUCACUACCAUCUAAGCGCCACACAGCAUACGGGAAUUUUUCCUUUCUUCUUUUUUGACUUUUAUAAUAACAUUUCUCUCCUCCGAAGAGGUUCGAUGGAGGCAUUAUUGGAUUUUCUCUGCCCUAAGUGGGUCGGGAGCAAAACCCGAAAGAUUCACUUUCUCUCGCCUUGCUCCUACGAGCCUAUGCGGAGGAGAGAGUUAUACAGGAGCACCCAACGUCGAUUUUCGGAAAAUAUCUCUUCGGAAGACGAUUUGAGAUCUAGAAUUUUCGGAACAUUUGUUGUAAAAUCUCUUGCUUAUCUGCCUCUCCUAGGAUAUUUGAACAGCUACAAAAUGGUAUUAUUGCUCAUUUUUAACGGAUUUUUAACCUAAAAAGGUCACCUAGAAUUUUCGGGAGCCUUUUUUCUGGCUGAAAUUUUCGAAAAGGUAACUUUUGAUCGCUAUAAUUUUGGGAUCACUAGACUUUCAGCUAGGAAAUCCGAACAGAUGAAAAAUUUUUAGGUGAUAAAAAUAUGCCUAUAUCUACCUUUUAAAUAAUAACAAUGCGUGUUUAAGUGGUUUUGAACUAUACUCUCGUUGGGUGCCCCUGGUUAUAAAAUUUUUCAUUCCUGAUCAGACCAGCUGCUUACAGUAUAAGUGGAAUUGUGAGUAUUCAUAGUUUGUUUUUAACUGAAUUUUUUUGGCAGAUCCCUCUUGUCAGUCGGCAAGACCUUCUAGAAACAACAACAGGCAACAUUUUUGACUUGAUAUCGAAUGAUGUCCAAAGAAUUGAACAGGCUCCUCUACCUUUUACCGGUUUACUUUUUAAAACCCCCUUGGAGCUUAUUGCUGUCGUUUGCUUACUGCUGUACUUAAUCGGCUGGCAGCCUUUAAUGGGAGUGUUAUUUAUACUGAUGUUAAUCCCUGUUUGUAUGAUCAUCUCAUACUUUUGUGCUGAACUUCGUAAGAAGACCGCUAAAGUAACGGACCGACGUAUUUCUCAAAUGAGCGAAGUGGUCUGUGGAAUACGUGCGUUGAAAGCACAUGCUUGGGAAGAAAACUACAAGGAAAAGGUGCAGGAAGUAAGAAGGUAAGUAAGGAAUUUAAAAAUAGCAAAGGAAUGAGGGGAGAGCGGUUGGAACUGAUUUCACCGCAUACUUAUUAAGGUGAUUUAGUGAGGGACAACGCAGAUACCAGUUUCCAGCCGAUAAAGCCCCUGACAAAAUUAUGAGAAUCAGUUAAGGUGGCGUUGAAUACAGAGAAAUUCGCCCUUAGGACGCAAAAUGAAGUAAAAUGCGCGGGAACUCGUGAGCGUGUGGCAGCAUAAUGAGGGUUAAACGAAACGAACACUUCGUUGAACUAGACUAAAUGAUUGAUCAUAAUAUUACGUACAUAUCAAAUUAAUAUAACACUUGCACCUGUCAUUGCAGAGAGGUGACAAUUAUGGAAGUAGGCUUAGGAAUGCAAUACACGAAAAUGGUAAAUGUUCUGUUACAGUGCUGAAUCGCAUCGGUUUGCUUUAGAAGCUGUUAAACAUUAUGUUCAAGGCGAAACCCAGGGGGUUCUCAACAAAAUUUCAUACAGGGAGGCUCCGCUCCGAGGUCCAACGUCUUAAAAGGCAGUACCCCUGGGGGACACGAUGGCAAAAAUCAACAUCUGAUUAUUUUUCCCGACAUGAGUUAUCUUUGCCGUUUUUUCCCGAAUCAUGAUGCUUAACUCCUGUGAGGUAUUCCCUAUCAUGACCUACACGGGAAGGCCCGUCCCGAAAGGGGUACCUUUUUCAGGCUUCAGGUAUAAGAAGGGGUAGGGGUUUUAACUAGUUGAAGUACAUAAAAGGGUAGGGAAAUCGGUCAUCUUGGUCUGCAAAACUUCUGUUAUUUGUUUACUUUCUAGGAAUGAAAUCUGGAUGCUCACCAAAAAGAGCUUCCUUUUGUCGAUCAUUGGUAGCUUUCUGUUCGCAAGCUCAGCAGCGACCUUUUUGUCUAUGCUAGCUCUUGUUCUAACAGGAGAAUAUCGUUCGCCUUCAAGAGCCUUUAUGAUACUUGCCUUCAUGAAAACUCUUCGUUCAGUGUCUCUCAGGCUGGCUGAUGGUGCCCCACUAGCAUUCGAGUUAUUCGUCUCCUUUCAAAGAAUAGAGAGAUUUCUCCUUUUAAAUAACGUAGCCCUGAAUCCCGUAGACUACGAUGACGGCGCAAGCAAUCAAUUAUUGAUCCGAAAGUCAUGCCCCAAAGACCGCUGUAUAAAUCAAANCCCUUGGAGCUUAUUGCUGUCGUUUGCUUACUGCUGUACUUAAUCGGCUGGCAGCCUUUAAUGGGAGUGUUAUUUAUACUGAUGUUAAUCCCUGUUUGUAUGAUCAUCUCAUACUUUUGUGCUGAACUUCGUAAGAAGACCGCUAAAGUAACGGACCGACGUAUUUCUCAAAUGAGCGAAGUGGUCUGUGGAAUACGUGCGUUGAAAGCACAUGCUUGGGAAGAAAACUACAAGGAAAAGGUGCAGGAAGUAAGAAGGUAAGUAAGGAAUUUAAAAAUAGCAAAGGAAUGAGGGGAGAGCGGUUGGAACUGAUUUCACCGCAUACUUAUUAAGGUGAUUUAGUGAGGGACAACGCAGAUACCAGUUUCCAGCCGAUAAAGCCCCUGACAAAAUUAUGAGAAUCAGUUAAGGUGGCGUUGAAUACAGAGAAAUUCGCCCUUAGGACGCAAAAUGAAGUAAAAUGCGCGGGAACUCGUGAGCGUGUGGCAGCAUAAUGAGGGUUAAACGAAACGAACACUUCGUUGAACUAGACUAAAUGAUUGAUCAUAAUAUUACGUACAUAUCAAAUUAAUAUAACACUUGCACCUGUCAUUGCAGAGAGGUGACAAUUAUGGAAGUAGGCUUAGGAAUGCAAUACACGAAAAUGGUAAAUGUUCUGUUACAGUGCUGAAUCGCAUCGGUUUGCUUUAGAAGCUGUUAAACAUUAUGUUCAAGGCGAAACCCAGGGGGUUCUCAACAAAAUUUCAUACAGGGAGGCUCCGCUCCGAGGUCCAACGUCUUAAAAGGCAGUACCCCUGGGGGACACGAUGGCAAAAAUCAACAUCUGAUUAUUUUUCCCGACAUGAGUUAUCUUUGCCGUUUUUUCCCGAAUCAUGAUGCUUAACUCCUGUGAGGUAUUCCCUAUCAUGACCUACACGGGAAGGCCCGUCCCGAAAGGGGUACCUUUUUCAGGCUUCAGGUAUAAGAAGGGGUAGGGGUUUUAACUAGUUGAAGUACAUAAAAGGGUAGGGAAAUCGGUCAUCUUGGUCUGCAAAACUUCUGUUAUUUGUUUACUUUCUAGGAAUGAAAUCUGGAUGCUCACCAAAAAGAGCUUCCUUUUGUCGAUCAUUGGUAGCUUUCUGUUCGCAAGCUCAGCAGCGACCUUUUUGUCUAUGCUAGCUCUUGUUCUAACAGGAGAAUAUCGUUCGCCUUCAAGAGCCUUUAUGAUACUUGCCUUCAUGAAAACUCUUCGUUCAGUGUCUCUCAGGCUGGCUGAUGGUGCCCCACUAGCAUUCGAGUUAUUCGUCUCCUUUCAAAGAAUAGAGAGAUUUCUCCUUUUAAAUAACGUAGCCCUGAAUCCCGUAGACUACGAUGACGGCGCAAGCAAUCAAUUAUUGAUCCGAAAGUCAUGCCCCAAAGACCGCUGUAUAAAUCAAAAGGUUUCCUUACAUGACGGUGAUGCAGGUGAUGAGCAGCCACUGGCAAGUAAACUACGGGAUGGAAGUUUAUCAGUUUCGAAUCUUACCUGUAAAUCAGGUGACAAGUAUCUUCUUCAAGAUGUCAGUUUUGAUUCAUCUCACAGAAGCCUAACUGUAAUCACUGGUCAAGUUGGCAGUGGAAAAUCAACCCUGCUGGCCGCCAUUGCUGGUGAGGCGGCCAAAACACGUGGUAGUGUUCUAUUCCCUGGAAAUGUAUCUUACGUCCCACAAAGUGCCUGGCUCUUUUCCGGAACAUUCAGAGAAAAUAUAUUAUUUGGUGAGCCAUAUGAUAAACAGAAGUACGCCGAAGUUAUUGACGCCUGCGCACUGAGAGAGGACGUCGGGAGAUUUCCAAAUGGCGACCUAACAUUCGUUGGCGAACAAGGUGUUACACUCAGUGGCGGUCAGCGUGCACGCGUUAGUCUGGCACGCGCAGUGUACGCUGAUGCAGACAUGUAUCUGUUGGAUGACCCUCUAAGUGCCGUGGACGCGAAAGUCUGCGAACACAUUUUUAAUCAAUGUAUUUGCAAAUUACUGCAGAAUAAAAUUACCAUUUUGGUGUCAUAUGCAAAGACACACAUGAUCGCAGCUGACCAGGUUGUGGUUCUCCACGAAGGAUCCGUGCUUGGAAAAGGUAGUUUUAAUGAGUUGCAAGGCAGUGAAGAAAUUGCUGCCGUCAUCGAUGCAUCUGUCAACGAGGAAAAGCCGACACCUCCUACACUAGGUACGGAAGAUGGCAUUGCGCAUUCACGUUUUGAGAAGUCCACUGGUAGCUUUGAUGAGCAUUUGGAGAUCGAAGAGGAAGAGAAAGCUAUUGGAAAAAUUUCAGCAACAAUGUACUGGGAAUAUUUCAAGGCAGGAACACACCCUGCAGUGGUGAUUUUCAUUCUCUCUUUCUUCGUGGGCGCGCAAGGUUAGUGAGCUGAGUUUUUUUUAACAAAGUUCUCAACAAACAUUACACGUUUCAUAAAAUAAGUUACCCUAAGGCGUUUGAGUUCUUUUACUGGAAACUACGUUUCAAAUAAAAUUGCCGUUAGUUAACUGAUUAGAUGUCCCGGGUAAUUUUAUAAUUGUUUUGAAUUAAGUCAAUCAAAUUGAUAGCAACUUCAGUACAAUAUAAUGGCGGUUGGAGUCAGUAUUAAUUUUCGCUUCAAAUAGUUUAUAAAACCCGCUCUCAGAAGGUUUUCUUGAAGUUAAGAGUGUAGUUUGGGGAUCGGGACAGGGCCCUUAUUGCAGGGAGUGGCGUUUUUUCCCGGGGGACCCGUGUUUGCUCGAAUAAAUAAAAAACCAAAUUUUAUAGUUUCUUUAAAAAAUUAAGUUUUAAAAAACUGUUGAAAACAAGACAUAAGCAUGAAGCUCUAACAAAUUUUGACGUGUAUUGUCUUUUUUUUUAUUCUUUUAUCAAAAAGCUUUUAUAGUGUCUCCUGAUCUAUGGCUUUCGCAUUUGACCAAGAUGAGUUGCGGAGCCCAGCAAGAAUCAGAAACCUGGUAUAUCUACGCCAGUUUUGUCUCCGCUGCAUUGAUUGUCGCUGCCAUUCGCGUUUUUUUAUUCUUCUUUAUGUGCCUCCGAUCCGCUGAAAACCUCCACAACAAAAUGGUAUCCAGCCUUCUUCAAGCAAAGGUGUUAUUUUUCGACACAAAUCCAGCAGGACGAAUUUUAAACAGAUUUUCCAAAGACAUUGGUUGCUUGGACGAACUAUUACCUGCACUGUUUGCUGCGUAGGCUCGAUUUCCGCCGUCUCCCGGGUCCGGUCUUUAAUCCUCCCCGAAGAGAGACGGGAUGAGUGCUGGCUCAUUUUCCCGAACAGCGGGCUGGUAAUCGAGCCUAUUUGCUGCGUCCAUGCAGUUAAAUUUGUCAAUGUUGACAGCCGCUGUGUUACCAGCGUUCACGAAUGUUUGGCUCUCUUUUGUUUGUUUCCCUGUUAUUGGUAUUUUCUUGUGUUUAGCGUGGUAUUACUUAAAGACUUCAAGAGAAUUGAAGAGGUGGCAGUCAAUAUGUCGCAGCCCUGUUUUCUCUCACUUCUCAGAGACUAUAGCUGACUUGGACACCAUUCGCACUCGAAAAAGGGAAAGGGAUUUCAUGGAUCAAUUUUAUCGGUAAGUUGAUUCAUGUUGGUCAUACCGGCAUAUUUGGUUAGCGUAAAUUAUCACAAUUGACACUAACUGUCAAUGUCUCACAUGAACAUAAAGAAACUGUCCAUAACGGUCAAUCAAACCCAACACCUUCAAGCUUGCCAGCUGCUUAAGACGAUUAACCGAGUGUAGCAUGAAGAGUUUCAACUCAAGUCAGGCCAUUCAGCAGCUAGAGCCACCAAUAGACGGGUCAUAGCCCGGGGGGGGGAGGGUACUCCCUAUGAUGGCCUUUACGGGGAGGCUCCACCCGAAAGGGGUACCUUUUUCAGGCCUCAGGUAUAUGAAAGAGUAGAGAUUUCACUUGUUGAAGUAUAUAAAAGGGUGGGGAAAUCUGUCAUUUGGGCCUGUGAAAGGGCCCAAAAGGGCUAACAGAUAAAUUUUAUGGCUUUCUAAAGUUGAGAAAACGUUCUAUUCAGUUUUGUGAUUGAUUCCUAUUUAAAAGACAGUGCAUUUACAGAAGUUAAAAGGGAUGCAAAGUUCUAAACAAGGUAUGUGAAAGGGGUAUCAUUUGUCAACAGAAGGUAUACGAAAGGGAUACCUUUUUUGUGAAAAAAUGGUACAUAAAAGGGUAAGGGUUGGACCUCGGGGCGGAGCCUCCCCGUAUAAACAUUUGUUGAGUACCCUCAUUUGUUGAGGAUUUCUUAGUGGCUAAAACAAGUUAUCAAAUGUUAGAAGUUUUAGAACUCUGCUCUCGGGUGCCUUAACCUAUAGCCUUCAAUAAAAAUGACGUUAAAUCUCGACCUUGUAAGGUCUCUAAUGACUCAUUGUAGCCAUUUCUCUCAUUUGCAGACGUCAGGAUGUACACAAUCAAGUAUUUUCCAUAACACUUUCCAGCAAUCGAUGGCUUUGUGUGAGAGUAGACAUCUUAAGUUCAUUCCUUAUUGCAGCAGUGGCUACACUUUCAGUUCUUGUCACCGAGGAACAAGGUAAACAGUAGAGAGCUGAAAACCCGCGGCAACAGAUCAAAGAUUUUUUCGUAGUAGUUUAAGCUCAGUACAACGUAUGUGCCUAGCUCCGCCGGAGGUCAUUUAGUGCUCCAUCUCUUUUCAUUCCUGAUAAGUAACUACCUUAAGCCCUCCCGGUGGGGGGGGGGGGUACUUUCAGAAAAAAUGGGUGGGGGUGGGGGUAUGCGGCACUCUUCCUGAAACCUUUACCCUAUUUCAGACCAAAAUCUGUGUUUUUCCCUACCUUUUUACUGACCUGAUCAAAUUUGAUACCCUAUUUCAGACCUGCCUUAUAAUCAGUUCCCUAGGUCAGACCAAUGUUAAAGACAAUGUUUAUACGCUUUUAUUAAGGAGGAUACAAAAAUCUUCAAAUUUUCGAGCUUAAAGGGAAAUGGUCUUAUCAUCUAAUGACGAAGAAGAAGCUUCUUCUAAAAAACAUACCCAAUUCAAGACUAGGGUGCACAAACCAUACCCUAUUUCAGACCAAAACGGCUAAAAACCUAUACCCUUUGGCGCCGCACAUACCUCAAUAGCCUAUAUAAGGGAGUACCCCCCCCCCCCGGAGCUUAAGCCCCAUUCACAUCAAAGCUAAACGUGUUUAAAUGCUGUUUACUAAACAGCAUUUAAACUGAGUUAAACACGGUUUAAAAUUGUUUCCUUCAUAAAAGCCAGCAAAUUUAGUGCAAAUAAAUUACAAAACAGGUUGAAUUUCAUUUGAAUCCUGUGUUAAAACCAGUUUUCCAUGUCCCCUUUUUAUUUUUUAAAACCUCGUUUGGUUUAAACAUGUUCAGUUGGUGUGAAUGGGGCAUUAGUCAUGUUUCCCCACAAAUUCUCUCAGACAAUGACUCUUAGACAAAUCCACUAAGUAAUCUCUCUACCAUAUGCGAGCUUGAUGCUUUAAAUCUCUUUACUUAAAGAACAGAUUGAAAGUAUUAUUACUGGUAGCAGUAAAGCAGACUUCUUGAUGAAUCUUACUCAUGAUUACAUGCAUUCCGUGGGCAUUCGAUGAACAUCGGAAAAAUUAAAUUAUUUAUGCGCGGCGGAAUACCUUAGUCGAUACAGCACUUGACUGCAGAGCGGAAGGUCGAGGGUUCGAUUCCCAGGGCCGGACCAAUAACACUGUCUUGAAAUAACUGAGAAAUGAGUUACUUCCUUUGUCCUGCAAACGGCUAGACCUUCGAGUGGCUCCGAUGACCACGUAAAAAGGCGGUCCCGUAUCCAGAAGGAGACGUGUCCUCAAUUAGUACUUUCGUGUUAAAUACAUUGACACUCAUAUUAAGUGCGUUUUUUUAUUGUUUUUGUUUAUAGCUUUGAUUGGACUUUCUCUUGCAUACGUGAUUGAAACAACAAAUGUAGCUUCAUACGCGGUGCGAAAGUUUUCGGAUGUGGAGAAUUUUAUGACGUCAUUUGAGCGAGUCAAAGUCUACACCAACCUCGACGCAGAGCCAGGAUACAAAACAGAAAGCAUGCCCCCAAUAAACUGGCCUCGUGACGGUCACGUGAGCUUCACAAAUGUUUCCUUGAGGUAUUACCCAGGUGGGCCGCAAGUGCUCAAGGAUUUAACCUUUAAUAUUAAAGGACGACAAAAUUUGGGAAUUGUUGGCAGAACAGGAGAUGGAAAGUCGUCUAUCGUGGCGGCCCUUUUGCGCAUGCCUGAAGCUGAGGGGGAAUAA